AUGGAUGCCGUUUUCGCAAGCCAAUUCGACUCUCACGAGGCUAUCAAAGCCGCCUGUGAUGCUGCUGCCGAAGACGAAGGUUUCUCCCUUGCGAUCAAGAAGACCACGCGGAGAGGUGGGAAAGCCGGCGUCAUCACGCUGGCGAGUAUCGCGAUAAGCACGAUCCUUCCGCCCACGAAUCGAGGGCUCGGCCUAAUACGAGCACGCAAAGACCGACUGCCACUUCAAGAUUCGCCUCCAGCCUUCCUACGGCGGCGAAAGCUGGAGGCGUCUCCAACCCAAUCUUCCAAGCCACAUCACCACCCCAUGACGCCGGCCAUCACCCACAGCAAAUAUCGCGCCCAGCUUAUUGCGGAUAACCUCGAUCACAUCAUCCACUUGUACAACGGUGGCCUUAAGCCGGCCCUGAUAACCUGCCAGCUCCGUGGGCUCUGCCAGAACCCAGAGCAUGACCCGGAUCUCAAAUUCCUCCUUGCACAGCACAUUCGCAACGCCAUCGCCCUAUAUCGCACCCAAGAACUCGCGGGCCGCACGCCUCUGCAGUUUCUUUAUGAUCAGCUCAAAGACCCGUCUCUCGGCUUCUUCUUCCGGGAUACACGUGACCAGGAAGGCCGGCUGACCGGCCUUUUCAUCGCACCGCGCACCGGCAUCGAGCUUUGGAAGCGUUAUCCGAAUGUCCUCCUUUUGGACUGUACGUACAAGACCAACCGGGUCAGGAUGCCUCUUUUGAACAACGUUCUUGCGAAUUGCAAGGCGUACUUCCCUAAGGCGAAGAGGGACGAUAAAAAUCGGGUUAUUCGCGACCCUAAGUUCACCACCUUCCUGAAAGAAUGGCAUUCUCUCGUCAACGCCCCUGAUGAAGCCGCUUACGAGCAACGGCUACAGACGUUCAAGGAACCCGGCCGUCACCCAGAGGCCGCUAUAGCAUACGCUGUGAAUACGUGGCUAGACCGCUGGAAGGAGAAGAUCGUGCUGUGCUUCGUUAACCGGGUGCGGCACCUAGGCCAUACAACAACCUCUAUCGUUGAGGGCAUGCAUGCCUCGAUGAAGCGGUUCCUGUGGACCUCGACGGGCGAUUUGACCUCUGUUUUCCAGCGUUUUAAGGCCUUCUGGAGGCACCAGUCGGACGAGAUACUCAAUUCGCAGCAGAUUGGCAUACAUAAGACAUCUACGCCAAAUCUCUCGUCUUGGGCGCUCAAGACGAUAGGAAAGGAAUUCCGCGCUGUGCCUAGGGAAGUCACUGACAAGUCAAAGCCACCGCCCGGCCGCUGUGAUCUUCAGCACCACUGCAGCAUUAAGGCCACACUCGGCCUUCCCUGCCGGCACGAUAUCUUCAAUCGACUUAAAGAUGCCGCUGUCGCCGGCGUUGGCGCCGCCGGCGCUGUUCCCUUCGAAAUGAGUCACGUGGACGAAUUCUGGCAUCGCGAAAACCCUCAGGCCACGAACUCUAACGACGUUCCCCUCGAGCCACUGCCUGUGCGCGGCAAAGGCCGACCCAAGGGCUCAUUGAACCUCGAGAAAGCACACGCCGCAAUUCCUCGGCAUUCGAGAUCACUGAGAGAGCCGAGCGUGACGAGGCCACCAGGCCACCGCCGUCAACAGCGCCGGUAG